AGAAGUUACAGUUGUUUACAAUUAGUUCCAUUUCGGCAUAAAAAGAGCUUCACGGCAGGAGCGGUGUGGCGGUGCAUUGUGCGAAAAUGGUAGCGGCACCGGCAUUGGGAUUUCCGUUGCAUCAUUGCGGUCGGAGGAGAUUGCUGGAUUGCACCGCUUCGGUGAGUAGUGGCGAUGGCGGCAAAGAUAUCGGCGGAGUUUUUCCGUCGUUUCUUCCGAAGGAAGUUCAUAAAAUCAGAGAUCCUUCGGCUAGAAAUUUGGCUCAGAGGAUACAGAGGCUUCCUGUGCAGGUUGGGUUUUCUGAGGGUUGCAUAAUGAGUAGCUGUGUGGCGCCGAGAGUUCACACUGAUUCCGCGAAUCCGGUGGUUCUUCUUCAUUGCUUUGACAGCUCUUGUUUAGAAUGGCGAAGCGCAUACCCACUGCUAGAGGAUGCCGGCUUGGAAGUCUGGGCAAUCGAUGUUCUGGGAUGGGGUUUCUCGGACUUAGAAAAACGGCCUCCAUGUAACGUUGCUUCAAAGAGGUACCACCUCUAUCAGCUCUGGAAAUCUCACAUCAGAAGACCAAUGACAUUAGUCGGGCCAAGCCUUGGUGCGGCAGUUGCAAUAGAUUUUGCCGUCAAUUUUCCUGAAGCCGUGGACAAGCUGGUUUUAGUUAACCCUUGCGUUUACGGAAAAGGCACUGCCAUUCUUACAAACUUGCCGAAAAUAAUGGCGUAUGCAAUGGCCUCGCUGCUUAAAAGCAUUCCCAUUCGUUGGUACGCCAAGCUGCUCGUUUUCAACGGCAUAUCGUUAUCGAGGAUCGUCGAUUACACCAAUGUGGGGCGACUCCACUGCCUUCUACCGUGGUGGGAAGAUGCUACGGUGAACUUCAUGCUCAGCGGCGGAUAUGACGUUACCGAGCAAAUUAAAUUGGUGAAGCAAAAGGCUCUCCUCAUAUGCAGUGAGAGGGACAACAUAGUCAGCUACGAGGUUGCCGAGAGACUACAUCGGGAGCUGCCAAAUGCCCGGAUUCUAAAAGUUCCGGGCUGCGGCCAUAUGCCUCAUGUCGAGAAUCCUCGUGUGAUUGCGAACUUUAUCGCGGAUUUUGUCCGGGGAGCCUAUGGGAUUUCUGGGGCGGUGGAGAAUAAGGAUGGCAAGGAUGACAAGGUUUGUCACUCUUCUAUUGAUAAUGUUCUUGUAGGAGAAUAAAUAUGUGUUGGUUAGAAUGUAAUAUGGGGGCAAUAUAUAUGGUGUUGUGAUAUAUGUUGUUUUUAACCUAUGUUAUAGACUCGUCCCGUCGUUUAAAUAAGUAAUUGAUAGUUUUUUGCCGUAUAGAUUUUUUAAUA